AUGGUCUACGAUCCGUUGGGAUUUAUCUCACAUCUGCUGAUGUUCCUGAAGGUGCUGCUGCAGGAGAUUUGGAGGACAGCAAUCGGCUGGGAUGAUCCAAUUCAAGAUACGCAGUUCGAAAAAUGGUUGACAUGGCUGGCAGUGUUUCCACAGAUGAGUUCCGUCGAGGUUCCCCGAUGCUACCGAUCCUUGACAUCCGUUGAAGCAGAGAUUGAGAUGCAUACGUUCGUCGACGCCAGUGAGAAUGGGUUUGCAGCGGUCGUCUACCUUCGAUUCACUGAGGGAGACACGAUCGAAUGUGCCUUGGCGGGAGCUAAAACUAGGGUAGCUCCACUGAAGUUCCUGUCAAUCCCGCGAUCUGAGCUCCAAGCGGCUCUUCUUGGUGCGCGACUUGCAGACACAAUACUGUCGUCUCUGUCCAUCAAGGUCUCGAAGCGGUUUUUCUGGACGGACUCCAAGGACGUGCUCUGCUGGUUAGGAUCUGACCAUCGGCGAUACAGCCAAUUUGUCGCCUUCCGGGUCAGCGAGAUCCUAGAGUCGACGGAGAUUAGUGAAUGGCGGUGGGUUCCAACGAAGCUGAACGUGGCCGAUGAUGGAACAAAGUGGGCACGAACUCCAGAUUUAUCUGCAGACAGUCGCUGGUUCAGGGGGCCAGAAUUCCUUUGGCGAGAACAACAGGAGUGGCCUGUCUCACCAGGCUUCGGAAAAACUACCGACGAAGAGCUGCGCCCACACUUGCUAUUCCACGAAUCAACAACAAAACCAGUUAUCGAUCCACAAUACUUCUCUCGCUGGAGUCCUCUCCUUCGUCGCACAACGUACGUCCUCCGGUACGUUCACAACCUGAAGCGGUCCACAAGAAAGGAACAACGUGUCAAUGGGUCGCUGACUCAGCAGGAACUGGCUAGAGCUGAAAACUACUUGUUCCGCCUAGCACAGUCCGAAGGUUACGCGGACGAGAUCGCCACGCUGGCAGCGGGAUAUCACCAAACGAGCACCCAAGGAAGGAUCAUUCGAAACAACCCACUCUUUCGUACCGCUUUCUUGGACGAAAACGGAGUUGCCCGAUUCCGAGGUCGAACGAAGGCGUGCGCAUUCGUCGAUCGUGAUGCUGCUGAACCCAUUAUUCUUCCUCGUCAUCAUCAAGUCACCCGACUAAUCAUAGCUGAGGCCCACGAGCGGUUCAACCACCAGAACCACGCAACGAUUGUCAACGAGCUCCUGCAACGGUACCGCAUUCCUCGGCUGAAAGCGACCUACAACGCUGUUCGGAAAGACUGUCAGCAGUGCAAGAAUGACCUAGCGAAACCACGUCCUCCGAUGAUGGGCGAUCUUCCGCAGUCACGCCUGGCUGCAUUCAGUCGUCCUUUCACCUACAUGGGGGACUAUCUACCCUGUCUUACGCGAAGAACGAAGUGGUUCACUCCAGCGACUCCAAUUACUGUCGGUGAUACUGUGGUGAUCGUUGACGCGAAGCUAUCCAGAAACUGCUGGCCUAAGGGAAGAGUUAUUGCUACGCAUCAGGCUCCAGACGGACAGGUACGGUCGGCGACAGUACAAACAGCGUCUGGUGGAAUAUACGAGCGCCCGGCCAUUUCAUUGGCUGUGCUCGACGUAGGCGUUAGGACGAAUACGCUAUCGGAUGAUCCUUCGCGCAUUCCGGGGGGAGUGUUGACUACGCCCCGUCGGUAA